AUGUCUUCCGCAACGAAGGAGAUCCUCGGCCGCGUACAGCGGAUGAUUCCGCCUAUGCUGGAAAAGUUCCAUAAGGGACAGUUGGGCCGCGUCGCCGUGCUCGGUGGUAGCGUAGACUACACGGGCGCUCCUUACUUCUCAGCCAUGGCGAGCGCCAGGCUAGGAUGCGAUAUGUCCCACGUCAUCUGCACUCCCGGCGCCGCCGCCACGAUCAAGACCUACUCGCCAAACCUCAUGGUUCACCCUCUAAUGCGGCAGUCCCCCUCCGACGAGGCCCCUAGCGGCACCAAAGACGCCCACACGGACCCGGACAAGAUCUCCGGCCCCAUCAUUGAGAUGCUCUCCCGCCUGCACGUCCUCGUCAUCGGACCCGGUCUCGGCCGCGACCCGCUGAUGCAGGACACCGUUACCCGUGUCAUCCGCGCCGCCCGGGAGCGUUCGAUUCCGCUGGUACUUGACGCUGAUGCUCUUCAAAUCGUGCAGAAGGAGCCGGAGCUGGUGAAGGGGUACGCGCUUGCUGUUCUUACGCCAAACGUUGUUGAGUUCUCUCGAUUGUGCAAGGCGCUCGGUAUCGAUGAGGCGAAGGCGAAGGAGGGCGCAUCGGGCGGCGACGAGAAGGAGACGGCAAAGGUCGAGGCGCUGGCCAAGGCUUUGGACGGUGUCACGAUUAUACAGAAGGGCGCGAAGGAUUUUAUUACGAAUGGCAAGGAUACGCUGAUCGUUGAUUUGGAGGGCGGGCUCAAGAGAAGCGGUGGACAGGGUGAUACUCUCACCGGGUCGAUUGCGACGUUCUUGGGUUGGAGGAAGGCGUAUCUGGAUGGACUCUGGGACACGGGUGACAAGAAGAUCCCGGAGGAUGAGCUUGUGAGGUUGGCUGCUUUUGGCGGUAGUGCUAUCACGAGGGAAUGUUCGAGGAGAGCCUUCAUCAAGAAGGGACGCAGUCUGCAGGCGAGUGAUCUCACGGAUGAGGUUCACGGCGCAUUCAUGCAUUUAUUCGGAGAGGUGGACGGCAAUGCUGGAGCCACCAAGUUGUGA